AUAAGAAAUCUCUGAACUUGCCAUCAUCUCAAUGAUGUAAAGCUACACCCGACUAUAUUUGCAACCAUGCCAAGCAAUCUAGCUGGUCCCAAUUAUUACCGUUAGGUGUUGAGACCCAUUCCAUCACCCACCGCCCACCAAAAGCUUCCUUCACUCCAUAAAAAACCUCCUAAAGCUUACAAUCAAACAUUCAUAAGAUAAGAGUGCAGCUUCAGGCUCCUCUCAUCUGUAGCCAUGGAAAGUUUCUCCUUCCUAGCCAUUACCUUCCUCUUUCUCCUUCACUCUAUCACCACAAGCAUAGCGCAGACUACAACAGCUCCAGCCCCAGCAGGCCCAUUGAACAUUACUGCUGUAUUGGAGAAGGCUGGGCAGUUCAAUACACUGAUAAGGCUGAUGAAAAGCACUCAAAUAGCUGACCAAAUCAACAAUCAGCUCAACAAUUCAAACACUGGAAUAACAAUAUUUGCGCCAACUGAUAAUGCCUUUUCGAGCCUUCCUCCUGGCACACUGAACUCCCUCACAGAUCAGCAGAAAGUCUCAUUAAUCCAGUUUCAUGUCAUUCCUACUCUCAUAACCAUGUCACAAUUCCAAACUGUCAGUAAUCCUCUCAGAACACAAGCUGGAAAUACUAAUAAUGGCCAAUUCCCACUUAAUGUCACAAGUGCAGGAAAUCAAGUAAAUAUCUCUACAGGAGUAGUUAACACUACAGUGUCAAAUUCACUGUAUUCAGAUAGCAAGCUUGCAGUUUACCAGGUUGAUAGGGUUCUUCUGCCACUGGCAAUCUUUGGAUCGGCAGCUCCAGCUCCAGCUCCAGGACCUGCAUCUUCCAAAGUAAAGAAGAAGCCUACAGCCGCAGCUGAUGAGCCUACAGCAAGUCCUAAAGAUGCUGUAGAUGCCUCUUCUGGUUUCAGAUUACACUGGAUCAUAAGUGAAAUGUGGAUUCUGUCAAUUGUUAUAGGAAGCUUCUUCUGGUUGCAUCUCUGAUUACUGUGGCAAAAAAGAGAAAUAUUUGGAGUCAUUUAUGAGAUUGGUCUAGUUGUGAUGUGAAGGCUUGUGAGUUUUCGUAAUUUUUUUCUUCUGAUUAUUUUCCAUCACCAGAUUUUGUAUUGUUGCAUCAUUUAUAUAUGUAUUCGUAGAGUGAAAAUCAGAAAAUGUGCAAUUUUAGUU